AAAAAAUGUUUUUGGUGUGCAUUUAAGCGAGGAAGAACUCCAAAGUAUCCCACACUUAAAGAUUGAACUGCUGACGCAUAUCGCUCUCAGAACGGUUCAAACUUCAUGUCUUUUCGGAGCCAUCAUAUGUGCCCCGAUGAUUACCUUGCUAUCAAAACCUAGAACUUUAAGGUGUUUAACCAGAAGAUCGGUUAAAUUCGCCACAUAUGGAUUCCUACCCGGACUCACCAUUGCCCCAAUACUAAUGUAUGUUCGAAUGAAAGGUCAACCGGACGAAGCAUUUUACGACAGGUGCUAUCGGCUACGAUGCAACAAAAACCAGAAAAACAUGGCUACUUAUAUCAAUGGCAGUCCUAACACACCAAUGGGAAGAUUCACACGAUCAAUACAAAAAUGAAUUAAACUUCAUCCCAUUGCACAAGCCAGGGCGAAAUGUGUAUCCUAGAUUCCACUGCUAGUCGCUAUUCAUCUCUGCUUGUUUGUGACUGAAGAAGUAGAAACGGAUGUUGGUUAGCAGUGGAAUACAGGACGCGUGUUUCGUAUCAUUUGGGACUCAUCAGUUUGAUGUGCCUGCAUCCCAGAGUUGGUAUUCACUCCUAGGCUCAAACUCAGCACCAUUGGCUUCAGACGCCACCGCGUUAUCACCUCAGCAACUGAGCCCAGAUGGCCACUAGCUUGUGCAAUGGGAUGAAGUUUAAUUCAUUUUUGUAUUGAUCGUGUGAAUCUUCCCAUUGGUGUGUUAGGACUGCCAUUGAUAUAAGUAGCCAUGUUUUUCUGAAAUAAAAUAUUUGGUUCUUUGGUUAUCUUUCUGAAA